AUGGCUUCUUACUUGUUUUCACUGUCUCUAUCAGGUGUGGCUCUUACUUUCUUCACUGACUUCCGUUCUAUGCUUGUGAAUUUUUCAAACUUGUCUCACCAAGAAAGAGACCUUUUGAGCUCUUCAACAGCUUCUGAAUUUGAUUCUGCAAUGCGUGGUCUUUCAGAUCCUGAUGAAUGUCUCUGGAGAAUUUUUAAUAGAUCUGUAAAAAAUGCUGGGGUUAUAGAUGAAAGUGAGUUUGAGUUUGCAGAAUAUAUAUGUGAGAGCAAGGUGUCUUUGGGUUCUGCAAACUUGCAAUGGACUAAUGAGGAUUUGAUGUCAAAACCUAAAGCACUAUCAUCUGGAGAUGGACAGCUGUUAAUAAUACAGACUCUAGUUCAGGACAGCGCAUGCUUAAGAAAGAAAAAGUUUUUUGGAACAGCCCUUACUCUGGGGUCCCUGGUGUUGUGGAGUGAUGAUUUUGAAGGCAAGGGUGAUUUCGGCCAGUAUCGUUCUAGGCUGUUGGAGCUGGUCAAAUUUGUCUCCUCUAACAAGCCUCUCAUAGCUGGUGUUAAAGUUUCUGAAAGAGUUAUUGCAAUUAUUAAAAGUCUCUUGAGUUCUCCAACACCUGCUCAGGAUUUAGCUGUGAUGGAAAGCAUGCAAUCUGCUCUAGAAAAUGUGGGGAGUGCAGGUUUUGAUGGACCCAAUGAAGUUGGUGGGGCACUUCUGAAGUUCAUGUUGCCCUGUGCAGAAUAUUUGAAGGAUCCUGCAACGAGUAGGGCACGCCAUGCAAGAUUACAGAUUUGUGCAUCAUUAUUAGAAUGGCCAAAGCUGCUGAUAAAAGUGUUCUGCUCACAUGAAGGUGACUUCUUUUAUUGGCAAAAAAGUGACAUGUACUAUUGGGGUAUGGAAUUGACUGGUUAUUGGAAAAUAAAGAUGGAGAUUAAUCUGAGUAGGAGAUGGAAGGUGUUGCAUCGUAGUGAACAUAAUCUUCUAGGGGAAGCAUUUCUUGUUAUGGCUUCUGCUGCUGGGAUUCAGCAGCAGCAAGAAGUUUUGGCCUGGUUACUUGAACCUUUGAGCCAACAAUGGACACAGCUGAGUGGCAAAAUAAUUACGUCUGAUCCACUAGGUCUUGUUUGCUUGUGCUCUGACACAUCAUUCAUGUGGUCACUUUUUCACACGGUGACAUUCUUUGAGAAGGCACUUAAAAGAAGUGGAACAAGAAAAGGCAGUAUGAAUUUACAGAACAACUCAGCUGAAAGUUCAAAUUUUCUUCAUCCAAUGGCUUUCAUCUUUCUGGAUGCUACCUCCUCUCUGAAACUCCUUGUGCUAUACAUUCCAUUUGGUCUCCGUCCAACAUCAAAUGUUGCCGCAGAGUUUGAGACUAGCCGGGAAGGAUAUGGAGAGCCUAAUGAAUCUGAUAUACGAAAUGGUUUAAAGGGUGUCAGAGACAGGGGUAAGUAUGGUUUGGGUUUGCCUGUGGCAUGGAAGCUAGUUUUUUAUGUUCCUUUUGAACCACAAAGAACUUGCCUUCCAGUGUUCGGAUUUCCAUACAAGCUUUCACGGACAGAUGGUGAAGCCGUGACAAAGUUUCUUCCUUCUGUACUGCGUGCUGACUGGUUGGUCUCUGUCGCGAAAUAUUCGUAUAUAUGUGUGAGGGAUCCAGCUCCAAGGCAGGCUUUGAGAAUGGACUAUUAUUCUAUUAGAAAAGAGGCAAAAUUGAAAAUGUGCUCCUUACGUGCUAUCUGUUAUUUGCAGGUAAAAACAGGAGAGAUACGGUUUUUGGCGAGCACAUCAUUCCUUCUAGUGAAAAAGGAUUGGUCUUCUGAAAUCCGAUUACAUGCAUUUAAAAUGCUCCAGCACUUGGUCCGAUUACGGUGGGAGGAAUUGAACCCUACAGAACGUAGGGACUUUGCAAAUGUUGCAGUCGACUUAAUGUCUGAGAUUGCAGAUCCUUGUGAAGAAUGGGCUUUGAAAAGUCAGACAGCUGCCCUUCUUGCUGAGAUAGUUAGAAGAGAAGGCAUAAAUCUGUGGCAAGAGCUAUUUCCAUCUCUAGUUUCUUUAUCCAGCAAGGGUCCCAUACAAGCUGAGUUGGUUUCAAUGAUGCUAAGGUGGCUUCCUGAAGAUAUUACAGUUCACAAUGAAGAUCUAGAAGGUGAUCGACGUAGACUGCUUUUGCGGGGACUUACUCAAUCUUUGCCUGAAAUUUUGCCUUUAUUGUACACUUUACUGGAAAGACACUUUGGAGCUGCAAUAAGUGAAGUUGGUAGACAACAAUUAGACAUUGCAAAGCAGCAUGCAGCUGCAGUAACAGCUACUUUGAAUGCUAUAAACGCAUACGCUGAAUGGGCUCCUUUGCCUGAUCUUGCUAAAUAUGGCAUCAUUCAUGGGUGUGGCUUCUUACUUUCUUCACCUGACUUCCGUCUUCAUGCUUGUGAAUUUUUCAAACUUGUCUCACCAAGAAAGAGACCUUUUGAUGCUUCUUCAUCAGCUUCUGAAUUUGAUUCUGCAAUGCAUGAUGUCUUUCAGAUCCUGAUGAAUGUCUCUGGAGAAUUUUUACAUAGAUCUGUAACAAAUGCUGGGGUUAUAGAUGAAAGUGAGUUUGAGUUUGCAGAAUAUAUAUGUGAGAGCAUGGUGUCUUUGGGUUCUGCAAACUUGCAAUGUAUUUCUGGUGAUGACGCUAAACUUACUAUUUACCUACAGCAGAUGCUAGGGUAUUUUCAACAUUUGAAGGUAGCCCUUCAUUUCCAAUCCCUAUUAUUUUGGCUGGGACUAAUGAGAGAUUUGAUGUCAAAACCUAAAGCACUAUCAUCUGGAGAUGGAUCAGCUGUUAAUAAUACAGACUCUAGUUCAGGACAGGUUGAUAAUGAAAAGAGAAAGAUUUUGAGUUUCGUGAAUGAUGAUGUUUGUAGUGCAAUUCUCGACAUAUCUUUCCAGCGCAUGCUUAAGAAAGAAAAAGUUUUUCCUGGAACAGCCCUUACUCUGGGGUCCCUGGUGUUGUGGAGUGAUGAUUUUGAAGGCAAGGGUGAUUUCGGCCAGUAUCGUUCUAGGCUGUUGGAGCUGGUCAAAUUUGUCUCCUCUAACAAGCCUCUCAUAGCUGGUGUUAAAGUUUCUGAAAGAGUUAUUGCAAUCAUUAAAAGUCUCUUGAGUUCUCCAACACCUGCUCAGGAUUUAGCUGUGAUGGAAAGCAUGCAAUCUGCUCUAGAAAAUGUUGUGAGUGCAGUUUUUGAUGGACCCAAUGAAGUUGGUGGGGCCACUUCUGAAGUUCAUGUUGCCCUGUGCAGAAUAUUUGAAGGUUUACUUCAACAACUUCUUUCUUUGAAGUGGACUGAACCACCCCUGGUGGAAGCUCUCGGGAACUAUUUAAUUGCACUGGGCCCCUUUCUGAAACAUUUUCCAGAUGCAGUUGGGAGUGUCAUCAACAAACUGUUUGAGCUUCUAACUUCACUUCCAUUUGUUGUUAAGGAUCCUGCAACGAGUAGGGCACGCCAUGCAAGAUUACAGAUUUGUGCAUCAUUUAUUAGAAUGGCCAAAGCUGCUGAUAAAAGUGUUCUGCCUCACAUGAAGGGCAUAGCUGACACCAUGGCAUAUUUGCAAAGAGAAGGUUGUUUGCAUCGUAGUGAACAUAAUCUUCUAGGGGAAGCAUUUCUUGUUAUGGCUUCUGCUGCUGGGAUUCAGCAGCAGCAAGAAGUUUUGGCCUGGUUACUUGAACCUUUGAGCCAACAAUGGACACAGCUUGAGUGGCAAAAUAAGUACUUGUCUGAUCCACUAGGUCUUGUUUGCUUGUGCUCUGACACAUCAUUCAUGUGGUCACUUUUUCACACGGUGACAUUCUUUGAGAAGGCACUUAAAAGAAGUGGAACAAGAAAAGGCAGUAUGAAUUUACAGAACAACUCAGCUGAAAGUUCAAAUUUUCUUCAUCCAAUGGCUUCUCAUCUUUCGUGGAUGCUACCUCCUCUCCUGAAACUCCUUCGUGCUAUACAUUCCAUUUGGUCUCCGUCCAUACAUCAAAUGUUGCCUGCAGAGGUAAAAGCAGCAAUGACCAUGAGUGAUGUUGAGUGGUCCAGCCUUCUUGGCGGAGGUAAUCCUAAACCAUUGAAGGGUGCUUUGACUUUCACAGACGGAUCACAGUUUGAGACUAGCCGGGAAGGAUAUGGAGAGCCUAAUGAAUCUGAUAUACGAAAUUGGUUAAAGGGUGUCAGAGACAGUGGGUAUAAUGUGCUGGGCCUGUCAGCAACCAUUGGAGAUCCAUUUUUUAAAUCGUUGGACUUCCACUCUGUUGCUGUGGCACUGAUGGAGAAUGUACAGUCAAUGGAAUUCAGGCAUAUAAGGCAACUUGUUCAUUCUGUUUUAAUAUAUUUGGUUAAAUUUUGUCCUCCUGAUAUGUGGGAGGCCUGGCUGGAAAAGUUGCUGCACCCAUUAUUUGUCCACUGUCAACAAGCUCUUAGCUGCUCUUGGUCCAGCCUUAUGCAUGAAGGUAGAGCAAAGGUUCCAGAUCUCCAUGGGAUUGUUGCUGGGUCUGACUUAAAAGUGGAAGUAAUGGAGGAGAAACUACUUCGUGAUCUGACUCGUGAGAUAUGUUCACUUCUCUCUAUAAUGGCCUCUUCAGGAUUAAAUACAGGGCUUCCUGCUUUAGAGCAGUCAGGGCAAUUCACCCGUGUAGACAUGUUGUCUCUGAAAGAUUUGGAUUCUUUCUCAUCAAGCUCUAUGGUUGGGUUCCUUUUGAACCACAAAGAACUUGUCCUUCCAGUGUUGCGGAUUUCCAUACAAGCUUUCACAUGGACAGAUGGUGAAGCCGUGACAAAAGUUUCUUCCUUCUGUACUGCGGUGAUUGUUCUGGCUAUAUCAUCAAAUAAUGAGGAGCUUCGACAGUUCGUUUCAAAAGAUCUUUUUUCUGCGGCUAUCCAAGGUUUGAUCCUUGAGUCAAAUGCUGUUAUCAGUGCUGAUCUGGUUGGUCUCUGUCGCGAAAUAUUCGUAUAUAUGUGUGAUAGGGAUCCAGCUCCAAGGCAGGUUCUACUCUCUCUUCCAUGUAUUACCCCACAAGAUUUGCAUGCUUUUGAAGAUGCCUUAACGAAGACAUCUAGCCCAAAGGAACAAAAACAACAUAUGAAGAGCUUGCUGUUGCUAGGUACUGGGAACCAGUUAAAAGCACUUGCUGCUCAGAAAAGUGUUAAUGUUAUCACCAAUGUUUCAGCAAGGCCACGCAGCUCAGUCAAUGUUCCGCAAACCAGAAUCGAAGAGGGGGAAACUGUGGGAUUGGCAGCCAUUUUGUGA